GAACUCUCGCGUCACAUCCGCCGGCUAUAUAUUCGUUAAGGCAUUUCAAUUGCACACAUUCUGAAGCAGAACUUGCUGUAUUAGCGCUUUUUGUAAAAAGUUUAUUUUUUUGAAUAUUCAAACGUAAGUACUUUAUAUUUAUGGGAAUAACUCUUAGAACAGUCAUUAAAUAUCAUUAUAAAGACUGUUGCAUUUUCGAAUUUUCUCGAAUGCAUCAUGGCUAUUUUAUGUAAUAUUUUAUCACAGAAUAAGCGGCAACUACAAUGUCCAAAGUAGCAAUAGGAAUCGAUUUGGGAACAACCUACUCUUGUGUUGGUGUAUUUCAACAUGGAAAAGUUGAAAUUAUUGCUAAUGAUCAAGGAAACAGAACAACUCCAAGUUAUGUCGCUUUCACUGACAGUGAAAGACUUAUCGGAGACGCAGCAAAGAACCAGGUAGCUAUGAAUCCAUCCAACACAGUUUUUGACGCUAAGCGACUCAUUGGUAGAAGAUACGAAGAGCCUGCUGUACAAAGCGACAAAAAACAUUGGUCUUUCGAUGUUGUUAACGAUGGUGGAAAGCCAAAAAUUGAAGUAGAAUACAAAGGCGAAAAAAAGACAUUCUUUCCGGAAGAAAUAUCUUCUAUGGUUUUGACGAAAAUGAGGGAGACCGCAGAAGCUUAUCUAGGAAAAUCUAUUGCUAAUGCUGUUGUUACAGUUCCAGCCUACUUCAAUGAUUCUCAACGUCAAGCUACUAAAGAUGCUGGCACAAUUGCAGGUUUAAAUGUUCUUAGAAUAAUUAACGAACCAACUGCCGCUGCCAUUGCUUACGGCUUGGACAAAAAGGUUGGUGGAGAAAGAAAUGUGUUGAUCUUUGAUUUGGGCGGUGGAACAUUUGAUGUAUCUGUACUUACUAUUGAGGAUGGAAUCUUCGAAGUGAAGUCCACUGCUGGAGACACUCAUUUGGGCGGCGAAGAUUUCGACAAUCGAAUGGUAAAUCAUUUUGUUCAAGAAUUCAAGAGGAAGCAUAAGAAAGAUAUAUCAAGUAAUAAGAGGUCUGUACGUCGUCUAAGAACAGCCUGCGAAAGAGCAAAAAGAACACUUUCAUCAUCUGCCCAAGCAUCAAUUGAAAUUGACUCAUUAUUUGAAGGUGUUGACUUCUACACCAGCAUCACCAGAGCGAGAUUUGAGGAAUUGAACGCUGAUUUAUUUAGAGGUACAUUGGAGCCGGUUGAAAAGUCUUUGAGAGAUGCAAAAAUGGACAAGUCGGAUAUUCACGACAUCGUCCUGGUUGGAGGAUCCACUAGAAUUCCUAAAAUUCAGAAAAUUCUACAAGAUUUCUUUAACGGCAAGGAAUUGAACAAGUCAAUUAAUCCGGAUGAAGCUGUUGCAUAUGGUGCAGCUGUCCAAGCAGCCAUAUUAAUGGGGGAUAAGAGUGAAGAAGUUCAAGAUUUACUCCUUCUUGACGUAGCACCACUUUCGUUGGGUAUUGAAACUGCUGGAGGUGUAAUGACUGCCUUGAUUAAGAGAAAUACUACCAUUCCAACUAAGCAAACUCAAACAUUCACCACCUACAGUGAUAAUCAGCCUGGCGUCUUAAUUCAGGUAUACGAAGGUGAAAGAUCGAUGACGAAAGACAACAACUUAUUGGGUAAAUUCGAAUUAUCUGGAAUCCCCCCUGCACCGAGAGGCGUUCCACAAAUCGAAGUUACCUUUGACAUAGAUGCAAACGGUAUCCUCAACGUAUCAGCCGUUGAUAAGAGCACAAUGAAAGAAAAUAAAAUUACCAUAUCCAACGAUAAAGGUAGAUUGUCAAAGGAAGAUAUUGAAAAGAUGGUAAGGGAGGCUGAUGAAUUCAAACAAGAGGAUGAAAAACAAAGAGAAAGAAUCUCGAGCAAGAAUGCGCUAGAGAGCUAUGCCUUCCAUAUGAAACAAACUAUUGAAGAUGAAAAAAUCAAAGAUAAAAUCAGUGAAGAAGAUAAGACGAAGAUCUUAGAAAAGUGCACUGCUGUUAUUGCCUGGUUGGAUGCAAAUCAGAGUGCCGAAAAGGAUGAAUUUGAACACCAGCAAAAAGAGCUAGAAAGUGUUUGCAUGCCAAUAAUAACCAAAUUAUAUCAAGCUGGCGGAGCCCCAGGAGGUAUGCCAGGUGGUAUGCCAGGAGGAUUCCCUGGAGCUGGUGGUGCCCCAGGAGCUGGAGGUGCCCCCGGAGCAGGCUCUGGAAGUGGACCAACAAUUGAAGAAGUGGAUUAA